CCCACCCGUCGCCACGGACCCACUGCCAACGGACUCGCCGCGGAGCGACACUUGUCCGCUGCUGCCAGCCAGAGCCAUCGUGGGCAUCGCCUAGGAGCAACCUGUCAGUGCACCUCGUAGGCCGUCCCCGAAGGACCCUUCCCACGCGUUGGUUUGUGCCCGAGAGGAGAGUUUGAAGCUCUCUCCAUGCCUUAUCAAGUUCUCAUCUGAGUGGCGGCUUGAAGCUGUAGACCAGUUCUGGUGUAGGGGAAGAAAACAGUAUAGGUUUUGUACCCUAGCCAAAUCGAGGACCAUUUAUUUUGCUUUGGUUUAAAUACAUGAAGAUGGUGAAAUGCGGGUUGCCAUUUGAAGCGACUAGAUCUGUCUUCUGGAGUGAAUGCUUUGUAUUCACCUUCCAACGCGUGAUCUAUGUGCUUUGAGAAAGGACGUUAAUCCAUCUCCCUCAUCCUCCUUCCCUAAACCUUUCCUUGUGUCUAUGUUGCAUUGGUCAGAAAUUUGGUCAGUGUUGUUUACGGAAGGGAGGGAGAAAGAAAGCAGUUGAGGUUACAAACAAAAGUACGUGUAUGACUCAUCUACUUGGAUUUAAGACAUUCUAUCCUUCUUUCAAGGAGCCUUUGCUACUCUUUGAAGGAAUCAGAUGCUUGUUUUUACUCUUUCAGAGGAGAAUGGAUUGAAAGUUGUACAUUUUAGACUUCUUUUAGGCCACUGAUGACAUUAUUAAAAGACAUAAUGGGGCUUUUUCCCUGGAUUAUUGCCAGAAUUAGUUUACACACUGAAACAAUGAGUUGUUAGGCCUCUCAUAUAAUAAUGUUUGUCCGGCUUUAAUAUAAAACUACUGUGGAAGUUGGGGUUAAAAAUUGUGGAGGACAGUCUGCAUCAGAACAGCACCUCUUCAUCUCUGGUUGGUGUGGCGACCCCAAUCUGUCCUCGAUGCCUUCAGCCUUGGCCAUCUUCACUUGCCGCCCGAACUCUCAUCCGUUUCAGGAGCGUCAUGUCUACCUGGACGAGCCCGUCAAGAUCGGCCGCUCAGUGGCUCGCUGUCGGCCAGCUCAGAAUAACGCAACAUUUGACUGUAAGGUGCUGUCCAGGAACCACGCUCUAGUGUGGUUUGAUCACAAGACAGGCAAGUUCUAUCUUCAAGACACUAAAAGUAGUAAUGGUACCUUUAUUAAUAGUCAGAGACUGAGUAGAGGAUCUGAGGAAAGCCCACCAUGUGAAAUUAUGUCAGGUGACAUCAUCCAGUUCGGUGUAGAUGUGACGGAGAACACGCGGAAAGUUACCCAUGGAUGUAUAGUCUCCACAAUCAAGCUGUUUCUUCCAGAUGGAAUGGAAGCUCGAUUACGAUCAGAUGUUAUCCAUGCUCCAUUACCAAGUCCUGUUGACAAGGUUGCUGCUAACUCUCCCAGUAUGUAUUCUCAGGAAUUGUUUCAGCUUUCACAAUACCUACAGGAAGCCUUACAUAGAGAACAAAUGUUGGAGCAGAAGCUGGCAACCCUUCAGCGACUACUUGCUGUCACACAGGAGGCUUCAGAUACUAGUUGGCAGGCUUUAAUAGAUGAAGACAGGCUGCUAUCAAGAUUAGAGGUUAUGGGAAAUCAAUUACAGGCAUGUUCAAAGAAUCAAACAGAAGACAGUAUACGAAAAGAACUUAUAGCAUUACAAGAAGACAAACACAAUUAUGAGACAACAGCCAAAGAGUCCCUGAGGCGGGUCCUUCAGGAGAAAAUUGAAGUGGUCAGAAAACUGUCUGAAGUGGAGCGGAGUUUAAGUAAUACAGAAGAUGAAUGUACUCACCUGAAAGAAAUGAAUGAGAGGACUCAGGAAGAAUUAAGAGAAUUAGCUAAUAAGUACAAUGGAGCUGUAAAUGAAAUUAAAGAUCUUUCUGACAAGCUAAAGGUUGCAGAAGGAAGACAAGAAGAAAUCCAACAGAAAGGACUGACAGAGAAAAAGGAAUUGCAGCAUAAAAUAGAUGAAAUGGAAGAGAGAGAGCAAGAGCUUCAGGCAAAAAUAGAAGCCUUGCAGGCUGAUAAUGACUUCACCAAUGAGCGCCUCACUGCUUUACAAGUACGGUUAGAACAUCUUCAAGAGAAAACUCUUAAAGAACACAACAGCUUAGGCAUACAAGUUGACGACUUCAUACCUAAAAUUAAUGGGAGCACAGAGAAAGAGCACUUUCUUACAAAGAGUGGAGGGGACUGCACUUUUAUUCAUCAGUUCAUAGAAUGUCAGAACAAGAUCAUAGAUGAAGGACAUCUAACCAAAGUGGAAGAAACAAAGCUUUUGAAAGAGAAUCAAGCAAGAGUCAAAGAAUCUGAUUUGUCAGACACUCUUAGUCCAAGCAAGGAAAAAAGCAGUGACGACACUACAGAUGCCCAAAUGGAUGACCAAGAUCUAAAUGAACCUAUUGCUAAAGUAGCUCUUCUAAAAGAUGAAUUCCAGGGUGCACAGUCAGAGACUGAGGCUAAGCAAGAAAUUCAGCAACUGCACAAGGAACUGAUUGAAGCCCAAGAGCUAGCUAGGACAAGUAAACAAAAAUGCUUUGAACUUCAAGCUGAAAUACUUCUUACUAACAAACUUCUGGGCACAUUUUCACUUUCAUUUGUAGCUCUAUUGGAAGAAGAGAGAAAAGCUUAUCGAGCUCAAGUUGAAGAGUCUAACAAGCAAAUAAAUGUUCUGCAAGCUCAGCUGCGAAAGUUGCAAGAAGAUAUUGAGAAUCUUCGUGAGGAAAAGGAGAAUGAAAUCUCAAGCACUCGAAAUGAACUAGUCAGUGCUCAAAAUGAAAUUCUGUCACUUCAACAAGUAGCAGAAAAGACAGCAUCAGAGCGAGAUGUUGAUAUUUCUGCAUUGCAAGGCGAGCUGCAAACAGUGCAAGCAGAACUUGAACGAUGGCGGAAAGAUGCCUCAGAUUAUGAAAAGGAAAUUAUCAGUCUGCAAGCAAGUUUUCAGCUCAGAUGCCAGCAGUGUGAGGAUCAGCAUAAGGAAGAGGCUACUCGCUUAAAAGGUGAACUUGAAAAGUUGAAGGCAGAGUGGAGUGCUCUGGAAGCAGAAUGUGUUACACUAAAGAAGGAAAAUACCUUACUUGCAUCUGAACUUCAGCGACAAGAGAAGGAGCUUUCUAGCUCUCAGAAACAGAGUUUGGCACUAACCAGUGAUAUAAGUGUUCUUGAACUUUCUCGAAAAGAACUUGAAAGUCAGAUGGGAUCUUUGAGAGAAAAGCAUCAACGGGAUGCAGCUAGUCUAAAAAGUCAACUCAGUGAAGCUGAAAGUCAAGCAAAAGAUUUUCAGAAAGAGUAUGAAAGAACACAGACUGUGCUCGCAGAGCUAAAGGCCAAGUAUGAGAUGGCUGAACAACAAAACCAGUCACUCACAGAAGAGCUCAAACAAUGUCAAGAAAACCUGAAGCUGCUACAAGAAAGAGGAAACAACAGACAAUGGCCUUGGAUGCCUGUGAUGGCAGCUUUGGUUGCUGUAACAGCCGUGGUGCUGUACCCAGGCCUAACCAGAGCUUCUCCAUGAGAACUGUUGUUGAAUCCAUACACCGUCCUCCCUUUAGAAGCUGGCAACAUUCAUAUACUGAGGGAAAACAGAUUAAUUCUCUUCCUUUUUACCUCUUAAUCCAGCACAGCUCUGCGUGAGAACAGCAGUAGGGUCAUUUGCUUUAAACUGUAUAAAAUGUAUCUGUCUAUAAAGAGGGAAUAAAAUUGUGAUUCAUCAUACUGUGAGCAAUAUUUUUGCUUACAAUUUCAUGCAAGUUUUAAAUUAGUAUGUUGGGAUUCUGAAUACUAUAAUGGUGGCCUAAAGUAGGCUUCUUGGUACCAAAUUAUUUAUAAUGGCUAGGGUUGUGGACACGUACUUUAGAGUCUGAUUGCCAGAUUUAAAAGGAAAACAUGUUUCUGAUCUGGAUACCCAAGCCAAGUAACUUUGCAGAUACUUGGUAAACAGAUGCAGUGUGCUCAGUGCCUUUCAGUAUGCUUUCUUUUUAUUCUUUUUUUUUUU